AUGGCUGCCUCAAUCAGGGCUGUUCUCUGUCUGGCCUUCUGCUGCUUGGCACUGGCAGGCAGCGUGAACGCAGUUCACCAGCGCAAGCUUCUUCAGACCUGCCCCUCCGCCACACCUAACCCCUGCUACAGUGCGGAUGGAAGCGCCUUCACUUGUUGCCCUGGAAGCUGCGGUAGCCCCCCCGGCGCAAAGGCCUACUGCGCAGGCGCCUCCGGCAGCUCCCCCCUUACUAGCGAACCCCAGGGGCUGGACUCCGGUUUCCUCAAUGAAAUUGACCACGUCCUGAUCAUCAGUGUCGACGGUCUCCACGAGCAGGGCGUGGAGUACUUCAGUACAUCCUGUCCAAGAACCCCAACUCUACCGGCUUUGGCUGGCUCGCAACACACGGUGAGAGGCACCCACUACACCAACGCCUUCACGACCAUCCCCUCCGACUCCUUCCCCGGGACUCUGGCGCUCCUCACUGGAGGAGGCGCCUAUACAUCCGGCUUCUACUAUGACGACAGCUACAACCGGGCGCUGUCUCCUCCCAUCUCCUUUGGUGGCGACACGAACUGCUCUACCGUCGUGAGUUCCUAG